UGUUACAGAAAAAUGGAAAUCGCCACCCCUCCAACGUCAAAGUGUAUUAUAUACUGGAAAAGGAAAGUCAAGUCUGAAUAUAUGCGCCUUCGGCAGCUCAAGAGGUUUCAGGCGAACAUGGGAGCUAAGGCUCUGUUUGUGGCCAACUUUGCAAAGGUUCAUGAAAAGACUCAAAUUCUGAAUGAAGCCUGGAAGAAGCUGCGAGUCCAGCCGGUGCAAUUGAUGAAGCCAGUCAGCGGGCACCCAUUCCUAAAGCAGUGUACCGUUGAGAGCAUUUUCCCAGGAUUUCCAAGCCAGACGCUGUACAUGAGGACCCUGAACACAGUGGCACUGGUGCCCAUUAUGUACUCCUGGUCCCCUCUUCAGCAGAAUUUCAUGGUGGAGGAUGAAACUGUUCUGUGCAAUAUCCCUUACAUGGGAGAUGAGGUGAAGGAAGAAGAUGAAACUUUCAUUGAAGAACUUAUUAAUAACUAUGACGGGAAGGUUCAUGGAGAGGAAGAAAUGAUUUCAGGGUCAGUCCUCAUCAGCGAUGCUGUAUUCCUGGAGCUAGUGAACGCCCUGAAUCAGUACUCAGACGAGGAGGAGGAAGGACACAACGAUUCUGAGGUUAAACAGGAGGAUGGGAAAGAAGAGCUGCCAGUCACAAGGAAAAGAAAGCGAAUUGCGGUGGAAGGUAACAAGAAGUGUUCAAAGAAGCGGUUUCCAAAUGACAUGAUAUUCACUGCUAUUUCUUCUAUGUUUCCUGAAUACGGCUUUCCAGAUGAUAUGAAAGAGAGGUACCGGGAGCUGACGGAAGUGUCAGACCCGAACGUGCUGCCGCCGCAGUGCACUCCCAACAUAGACGGGCCGUGCGCGAAGUCGGUCCAGCGGGAGCAGUCCCUGCACUCCUUCCACACCCUCUUCUGCCGCCGCUGCUUCAAAUACGACUGUUUUCUGCAUCCUUUUCAUGCUACUCCUAAUGUGUACAAACGAAAGAAUAGAGAGACCAAGAUCGAGCCAGAUCCUUGCGGAGCAGACUGUUUCCUCUGGCUGGAAGGAGCCAAGGAGUUUGCUGCGCUGCACAACCCCAGGUCCAAGUGCUCAGGCCGGCGUCGCCGGAGGCACCACGUGGUGGGUGCUUCUUGCUCAAAUGCCCCGGCUUCUGCCGUCGCUGAGACGAGGGAGGGCGACAGCGACCGAGACACGGGCAACGAGUGGGCCUCUAGCUCCUCGGAGGCAAACUCCCGCUGCCAGACCCCCACCAAGCAGAAGCUGAGCCCGGCCUCCUCCCAGCUGUUCGCGGUGGAGACGCCGCAGGAGCCCGUCGAGUGGACGGGAGCAGAGGAGUCGCCCUUCCGCGUCUUCCACGGGACCUACUUCAACAACUUCUGCUCGAUCGCCAGGCUGCUGGGAACAAAGACGUGCAAGCAGGUCUUUCAGUUUGCAGUGAAAGAAUCACUUAUAACCAAGCUUCCAACAAACGAAUUGAUGAAUACAUCCCAGAAGAAGAAAAGGAAGCACAGGCUGUGGGCUGCACACUGCAGGAAGAUUCAGCUGAAGAAAGAUAAUUCACCCACCCAGGUGUACAACUACCAGCCCUGUGACCACCCUGAGCAUCCCUGCGACAGCUCCUGCCCUUGCAUCAUGACUCAGAAUUUCUGUGAGAAGUUCUGCCAGUGCAACCCUGACUGUCAGAACCGCUUCCCAGGCUGCCGCUGUAAAACCCAGUGCAACACCAAGCAGUGCCCAUGCUACCUGGCUGUGCGGGAGUGCGAUCCAGACCUCUGCCUGACCUGUGGGGCUUCGGAGCACUGGGACUGCAAGGUGGUCUCCUGCAAGAACUGCAGUAUCCAGCGAGGUCUCAAGAAGCAUUUGUUGCUGGCACCGUCGGAUGUCGCCGGCUGGGGGACUUUCAUCAAGGAAUCUGUGCAGAAGAAUGAGUUCAUCUCUGAGUACUGCGGUGAGCUGAUUUCACAGGAUGAGGCUGACCGGCGAGGGAAGGUCUAUGACAAGUACAUGUCCAGCUUCCUCUUCAACCUCAACAACGAUUUUGUUGUUGACGCCACCCGCAAAGGAAACAAAAUCCGCUUUGCCAAUCACUCGGUGAACCCCAAUUGCUAUGCCAAAGUUGUGAUGGUGAACGGAGACCACCGGAUAGGGAUCUUUGCCAAGAGGGCCAUCCAGGCAGGAGAGGAGCUUUUCUUUGAUUACAGGUACAGCCAGGCAGACGCCCUGAAGUACGUCGGCAUAGAGAGGGAGACUGAUAUCAUCUAGGCUCCGUGCGGGGCGGUCCCCAGCACACCUU